CGUAAAGUGCGAAGUCGAAGAACAGUUUUGUAAUAGAAAUAAAGAUAACAAUAACAAUUGCGCCUAAGCAAAAGCGGGUAAAACAAACAAUGUCGAAGAAAUUAAUACAGCUGAUAUCUGCGGGAGCACGAAAACACCGAGUAUCUGCACCCACCUCAACCAAAGUUUCAUAUUUCUGUUCAAAAUCAAACCCCUUUGGGAAUUUGCAAAAAUACACGUCCAAUUUCUUCCGCGAGGCAAUUGGCAAGCGAGGAGAAGAUGACGAACUGAUCCAAGCGUUGGAAUCAGAGAUCUCUUACGAGCAAUCCAACAGCAAACAUCAUGAAGAGGGUGAUAAGGGCUCAUUAGGCUCCUUUGUUGUGGUCUCGGACCCACCUAACUCCCAAGACGUGGUUUUGCAGAGGUCAUAUGACCGCGAGGAUAUUGCCAUUACCGCAUUGCUGGGCCCCUUCCUGGGAGAGCCUGGAAUCUAUCCCCACAGUGUUUUAAUGAAGCUGUGCAUUACUAAGCCAGGCGAGGCUUCCAUUUUGAGGUUUGAUUGUGGCUUGGAGGGUCGCGGCAAUGACCCUAUUAUUCAUAAGGUUUCCUAUCAUGAUUCAGCACUCUCUUUGCACCCUUCCAAAUACUGUGGUCCGACUUACAGGUGCUUUUUUAUUUGAAUCUAAAAUUUUUUG